AUGCUCUUCACAGCCUCUACUCUCUUCGCAGCCCUGGUUGGCGGCGCAUACGCUGCUCCGGCCUCUGGUGGGACCGUCAUCCAAGCACCUAGCGGAGAUGGUCAGAUUGUCGUGAGCCAGACCCAGCUCCGUGUGACGGGAUGCCUUAAUGGCCAGGGACUCUGGACCGUAGCAGGCGACUGCGCGACCUUUUCCGGUGAUGACGAUGGCGGUAUCUCUGGCCCAGAGGGCUAUCUGGUCUUCACGGAAGAUUCGGGCAUCACUACGUCGCCGAGCUCCGAUUCAACCUGGCUUGGCUAUUACUUGAAUGGAAACACAUCCGCCACGUACAUCUCUGCCGACAAAACUACGGUUGAUGAUGCAUCUGGACAAAUAUUGCUGCAUGCGGACCACGUUCCCUCUGGAUCCGGGACAGUGCCAAUACACGCAUCUUCCACCGACGGGGAUGUUGCCGUGUACCUCUCAUGGAUCGCUCAAUAG